CUUCGAAGUGAGUGGUGGUGUACGAUCUGUCGCAUUGCAAAGAAGUAGCUGUGUUGAUACAAAAGAGCGAGCCAGUACGACGACAGAAUUUGAGACUAGACAGCCAUAUUUCGAAAUACAGGAAAAUGAAUCCGACAAUGAAACGUAAAAGAAUAAACUUAAAUAAAGAUGGAAGAAGUCGUCGCAUAUUAGGUCUACUUAAAACAACACAACCAACUAGUACCACAGAAAACAGAACUGGCAUUCGGCCACCUGACAAGCCUGAUACUACAGAAGUAAAACCAUUGAAACAGUAUGCCAGUAUAAAUGACACCAAUAUGACUGAGAAAAUUGACAAUUUAGAUCAGUUAUCGAAUGUACCAAUAGGAGAGAGUAUCGUAGGUGAAAGUGUCACUGAUAUCCCUGAGAAAAUUGCCAAUGUAGAUCAGUCAUCGAAUGUACCAAUAGGAGAGGAUAUCGUUGGUAAAAAUGACACCGAUAUGACGGAGAAUCCUAAAAUUUUUACUCAAUUGAUGAAAGUACCAAUAGAACAAAGUAAAUGUGUAAGUUUAGAAGUAAACUAUUUUUAA